AAUGGAGACAUCGAAAUCAUCAGUUCGGUAUCCAGAGAUCCAGCAAAAACAUCAUGAAACUAACCAUUGCCUGUCUUAUUGCGAGCUUCCUGCUCUUCAACUUUGUCGAUCUUUCGGAAGGAACCGAAGACUGUGGCUGCGAGACAAGCACUCGAGAACCUCUUACGACCCGGAUGACAACAACCUGCGAACCAACAACACCUGAGACAACCACACCUAAGCCAACCAGGCCACCAAGGCCGACCAGACCAUGGAGACCAACCAGACCAUGGAGGCCAUGUCCUCCAUGUGGUCCAGCUGGCCCGCGUUGUCCUGGCUGCCCCGAGCAGGGAGACCUAUGCAGGGAGCUCUUGGCUAAAAUUAAAGCCCUUAGGGACAACAUCAGGGCCUGCGUUUGUGGACAGAGUCGCUGGCUGUUGUAAGCCAUAAACAAAGCAGAAAGCAUUUCUCACUUUUUUUUUCAUUAAUGAGUAGAGUAGAUGAAUUUGUUAAUUAAAUUCUUGUCACAUUAAUAAAUA